GGCGGCGGGGGGAGGGAGGGAGGAGGGGGCGGGAGGGGAGCGGCGGCGGCGGCGGCGGAAGCCCCGCCGGAGCGCGGGGCCGGGCGCUGCGUGCGCGGCCGGGGCCGGGGCCGGGGCCGGGGCCGGGGCGGGCGGGAGGAUGCGGCUGAAGCUGGGCUUCCUGCUGCGCGCCGUGCUGCUGGCGGGCAGCUUCCUGGGGCUGCUGCUGCUCUGGUCCUCGCUGUCGCCCCGCGCCGAGGAGCCGCCCGCGCCGGGCAGGAUGCGGGAUGACAAAGAAGCCAACAAACCCAUGCCAAACAAAGGAGACCAUGGACUAGGAAAUGAGAAGUUCAAACCUGUGGUACCUUGGCCUCAUGUUGAAGGUGUGGAAGUGGACUUGGAAUCCAUUCGAAGAAAAAAUAAGGCCAAAAAUGAACUAGAACAUCAUGCUGGUGGUGAUAACAAUCAGCAAAACAUCAUCCAGAGGCAGUAUCUCACAUUUAAGCCUCAGACAUUUGUAUACCGAGAUCCUGUUUUACGACCUGGAGUCCUUGGUAAUUUUGAACCCAAAGAGCCUGAGCCUCAUGGAGUUGUUGGUGGCCCUGGAGAGGAAGCAAAGCCAUAUGUUUUAGGACCAGAUUACAAAGAAUCCAUUCAAGCCAGCAUUAAAGAGUUUGGGUUUAAUAUGGUGGCAAGUGAUAUGAUCUCACUAGAUCGGAGCGUUAAUGACUUGCGUCAAGAAGAGUGCAAAUACUGGCAUUAUGAUGAUAACCUGCUCACCUCCAGUGUUGUCAUUGUCUUCCAUAAUGAAGGAUGGUCCACGCUCAUGAGGACAGUUCACAGUGUCAUUAAGAGAACACCAAGGAAAUACUUGGCAGAAAUUGUGCUGAUUGACGAUUUUAGCAACAAAGCACACCUAAAAGAGAGACUAGAUGAGUAUAUUAAGCAGUGGAACGGCCUUGUAAAGGUAUUUCGAAAUGAGAGAAGAGAAGGUUUAAUUCAAGCUAGAAGCAUUGGAGCCCAGAAGGCUAAACUUGGAAAGGUUUUGAUUUACCUUGAUGCCCAUUGUGAGGUUGGAAUUAAUUGGUAUGCACCACUUGUAGCUCCUAUAUCUAAGGACAGAACUACAUGUACUGUACCUCUAAUAGAUUACAUAGAUGGGAAUGAUUAUUCCAUUGAGCCCCAGCAAGGUGGGGAUGAAGAUGGUUUUGCCAGAGGGGCCUGGGACUGGAGUUUGCUAUGGAAACGAAUUCCAUUAAACCACAAGGAAAAGUCCAAAAGAAAACAUAAAACUGAGCCUUAUCGGUCCCCUGCCAUGGCUGGUGGCUUGUUUGCCAUUGAACGUGAUUUCUUCUUUGAACUGGGUCUCUACGAUCCCGGUCUUCAGAUUUGGGGUGGUGAAAACUUUGAAAUUUCUUACAAGAUCUGGCAGUGUGGCGGGAAACUGUUGUUUGUUCCUUGUUCUCGUGUUGGACACAUCUAUCGUCUCCAAGGCUGGCAAGGAAAUCCACCCCCUGUGUACGUUGGCUCCUCUCCUACGUUGAAGAACUAUGUCAGAGUUGUAGAAGUGUGGUGGGAUGAAUAUAAAGAUUAUUUUUACGCCAGUCGGCCAGAGACAAAAGCGCUUCCCUACGGAGAUAUAUCUGAGCUGAAAAAAUUCCGUGAAGAUCACAACUGCAAAAGUUUUAAGUGGUUCAUGGAAGAAAUAGCAUAUGACAUAACAUCACAUUAUCCCUUACCACCUAAAAAUGUGGAAUGGGGAGAGAUUAGAGGUUUUGAAACUUCCUACUGUAUUGAUAGCAUGGGGCACACCAAUGGCGGCUUUGUUGAACUUGGACCAUGUCACAGAAUGGGAGGAAAUCAGCUUUUCCGAAUCAAUGAGGCUAAUCAACUCAUGCAGUAUGAUCAGUGCUUAACUAAAGGACCAGAUGGAUCCAAAAUUAUGAUUACACACUGUAAUCUGAACGAAUACAAGGAUUGGCAAUACUUCAAGAAUCUGCACAGAUUUACUCAUAUUUCAUCAGGGAAGUGCUUGGAUCGUUCAGAGGUCCUACAUCAAGUCUUUAUUUCAGAGUGUGACUCCAGUAAAGCAACACAAAAAUGGGAAAUGAACAACAUUCUUAGUGUGUAGACAAACAAAAACCUACCUACUGACACAUUAAUUUGUACAGGACUGAAAAUAGCCUGAAAACUGCUGCAACUAUUACUCUGUAAAGCUGCAAGCCUCCUGACUUGGAUGAAGGACAUAGAUGAACUGUGAUUAUUACAAUAACAUUAUCAUCUGCAGUUAAUGUUUACAAAACUGCUUUACCUUAAACUCUGUAGAUGUUUACAUCUUUUUGUUUUAAGAUGUUGGUAAAUUAAUGUGCUGUUAGCUGUGUUUCAUAGGAACAUAGUUAAAAGCAUUGUCGUCGUCUUUGGGAUUACACUCAGGGGUAUGAAGGCAGUUUUUUUACACACACUUGAAAAGGUUGGAGUAACCAGAUUUUCAUAGAACUUGGUGAUUAUCAACCUGUUGUAUAUUUUUAUUUAAUUUUACAUCUUACUAAGCACUGCCACAGGUUAUUAACCAGGGUGGCCUUCUCUCACAGUCAUGCUGCUUUUUUGGAAGGUGAAUUUCAACAUAUUUAGUGCCUCUUUCAUUUCUCUAUUUUACAAGAACAGCAUUUGUUGGAAAUUAUACAGUGGAUCUUUUUUGAGCUGUGACUAUGGGUAGGGAUCAACUGUACCACCCCGUGUAAUUAGUGUGUUACCGAAGAGAAAUUUCUGUUGCCAGUUUGGCUACUGUACUUACUGCUUAUUGGUGAGUCAAAGCACAGACUACAGAAAAAUGUGCUGCGAGAUCUCCCAGAAAUUCUCAUGUGCCCCUUGGCUGCAGAUGCUUCAACUUCAUUAGAAUCCAAAAUUGGGGAUGUUGCCCCAGGAUCUAUUCCUUGCAUUUGGUAUAUUUGACAAUGCUGAAGCAACUAAAUGCUUUUCAUAUAGUGCAAGGAAGAGCUUAGUGUAAAGUGUAACACUAUGGUACAUUUUGAUGAAAGCAAGCACCCUCUCAAUUCCAGUUAAAAAUUUAUAAGCACUAACUUACUUGUGUAUAUCAUGCCUUACCUAUUAAAAAAAAAAAGCUGUGCAAUUAUAUAAAACUUAGAAAUAAUCCAGUUUUUCAUUUGUAGAGUUAUUUUAAAUGGAAUUCACUUAGAGGUGAAUUGAAACUUUUAACUGGAAAAAAAAAAAACAACCCAUAGCUCAUUAACACAUGUGCAUACUUAAAAAGGUCAUCUGUAAACUAGUUUGGAUUCCAGAUUUAGGCUUGAUAAGAGGGAAUCCUGAAACCACAUCUGUUCAUAAUAAUUUUUCUUUUUUUUUUUCCACUGAAAACUUUUCCUGAAGGAUUAUGAACGCAAAAUACAACCGCUUGGCUUGGUGCUAUCAUGUACAAAGUAGAAUGUGAAGAAGCAGUUGCUAAAAACGUUUUGAAUGGCAGUUUGUAGUGGGAACUCCUGUAAUGGUAUAAAUAUUUAGUCUGAAUGAACAGAUGUGGAAGACAAAUGACUUAUCCUCCCUUUCUUAUUCAAGAUUUUGUGACUGUUAAAUAUUGAUGAUAUCAGUGUGUACUGAUUUAAUAAGAGUUAUGUCUAUAACGUGUCACACUAUUAAAUAUGACUGAAUAUUCCCCUGAAAUCUAGAAUAGCAUUGCAUGCAGCUUCCAUUGACUUUAACAAGGGUUAUAUAUCGUAUCUGGUGACAGAGUUUGAUCUUUAUAGGGCUGUCUGCACUGAUAUAUUGAUUUGGGAUCUUUCCUAGUUUCUUUAAACUUCUCAUCUAUCCUUUAAGAAGAGGUAUGGAAAAUAGAAAAUAAAGGAGGGAGAAACUGGAAAAAGGAAAAUAAGGGUGUGUGUCAGUACUUAUUCCUUGUGUGUAUGAAAACUGACUCCAUUUUUGUGUGUUGGGUAGAUUAAUUUAAUCAUAUUACUAUGCAUAAGAGAAAGGUGGCACAUAAAUUGUGCGGGUGUGCAUUUUAAAUGGAUAUUUUGUGCAAUUCAUUAAAAGCUGAUGCUGUAUGUGAAUAUGAAUCUGUAUGUGAGACUGAAAACCUCACAAAACAUGAGAUCGUAAGAAGCUGUUGCUGUAAUGAUGUUUUCCUACUAUAGCCUGCUUGGAAAAAAUAAUUCCCAUAUUCUUGCUUUGUAAGUUGAUGAUAAUAUCACUAUGCAUUUCUACAUAUUUUAUAAAUUUGAUUUAUGCAGAUUUUGAUACACUGUAUGUUUCUGUAGAAAUUGUAUAAAUCUUUAAAAAAAUUUAUUAGGGAUAAAUCUGAGAAGCCUAUGUAUAUCUUACUUAUGGGUUGCUUGUUUUUUAGGUGAAGUAAAUAAAAUAUUUGAAUUUUUGGGUUUACUAUA